AUGGGUAUUAGCUCAGACCUGUUCCCAGCUAAUCGGCGGAGUGGCAUUGAGCCUGACAGGAGUAGAGGGCUUCCAUUGGCGCCUUCUAAACCAAACAAGCAGCCUAAUUCCAAGACGCUUUCAACUCCAAAAAGUGUCAAUGUUGCGAAGAUUCUUGCAGCUGCUCGUAGUGAGAAGGACAGCCCAGUACCUGACAAGGUGAAAGCAAUUCUAUCUACUAAUUUCUCGGAGAAAGGAACUAAUAAGGACAACACUCCAGAAGUCGUGAACGGCACGGGCGAGCAUCUUGCUGUUCCCGUGUUGGACUCACUGGCAGGUUCACAACUAAUCAGUCAUCCAGAAGAAGUUAUUUCAACGAAGGAUAUUCAGGUCGUUGACGGUUCAGAAGUUGAAGUCAAAUCCUGCAGCGGUCCCACAACCAAGGAUAUCGUGUUGGCCUUUCUUCAAAGAGUUGAGGAGGCGACAUUAUGCCAGCCCGACAAAUCAGCUGAACUCUAUAAUUCCUUAUGUGGUGAUUUCCAAUUGGCCGAUCAACCAGCGGAGAAGCUGAGAAUUUUGGUGAAGGCUGUGAACAGGCUAAUCCACACACCGUAUGCUACCAAGCCCGCCAGGAAUGACAGGUUGUAUUUGAUUGGCACGGUGGUGGUGGUGUGUCUUCUGCUCCUGCCGACCAUGGUAUUCCUUUUCAGUGGCUCAGAGGUCAUUCAUGACAUCUUGGUGCCCACAUAA